AUGUCAAAACCAAAUAAAUAUGGAUUAAAGGUGGGGUUUGGAAAAUUUCCAGGCUACCCAAUUUGGCCGUGUAGAACAGCCAUUGAAACUGAAGUUGGACCUGAAGUAUUAAAAUCAAAAAAAGAAAAUACAAUUUUAGUCUACUUUUUUGGUAGUAAAGAUUAUGCAUAUAUAAAAGAUUCAAGCUUUUAUGAAUAUUCAAAAGAGAAUAUAGAAAAAUACUCUGGGCAAAAAUUAAAACUUCAUACUAGAGGUCUUCAAGAAAUUGAAGAGUAUAAUAAAAAUCCAACACCAUCACCAGUAUUUAAAGAGAAAUCAAAAAAAUCUUCACCAGCUUUAUCAUCAACUUCAUCUUCAUCUUCGUCAAAACCUACAACAACAACAAAGAAUAGUAGUAGUGGUGGUAAAACUAAUAGUAAUAAUAAAAAUAAUAAAAAUAAUAAAAAUGAAGAAAAUAAUGAUGAAGAUUCAUAUUCAUCAUAUUCAGAUUCAUCAUCACAUCCAUCAAGCUGCUCAACUUGUUCAAGUCAUAGUACUAAUUGCAGUACUUGUAGUGAUGGAGAGAGUGGUGAUGAUGAUGAACGUUCUGCUGCUGCAAUUAAUAAAAAAUUAAAAAAACAACAACAACAACAACAACAACAACAACAACAACAACAACAACAACAACAACAACAACAACAACAACAACAACAACAACAAUCAUCAUCAAAAGUUCAAAAUUCAAAAGAUACAAAAUCAUCAUCAUCAUCAUCAUCAAAUAAAUCAACAUCAUCAUCUUCUUCUAAAUCGACAUCAACUUCAACUAAAGAUUCAAAAUCAAAAUCAAACGAUACAAAAACUAAAGAUACAAAAGAUACAAAAGAUACAAAAGAUAAUAAAGAAAUAACAAAAGAUAAAGUAAAUAAAGAUAGUAAAGAAACAGCAAAAACUAAAGAUAGUAAAGAUAGCAAAGAUAGUAAAGAUAGCAAAGAUAGUAAAGAUAGUAAAGAUUCUUCUAAAAAAACGACACCGACAACAACAACAACAACAACAACAACAACUAAUACAACCAAUUCAAAAACGUCAAAGGCAUCUUCAAAUAGUAAAUCAAGUAACAAUACCAAUGGAGUAUCAAACAAUGGUAGUGAAACAAGUAAAAAGGUUUCAAAAACUAAAACAGAUAAACCAUUAUCAGUAGAACAAAAAAGAAAAGAGUUUAGAGAUAAAAUUAAAAGAAAAAUUGGUAUACUUUCACCUAUUGUCGUUCCUGAUCAGUAA